ACCUCCAGUCACACGGUCCACUGAGAGCAGUUGACAGUAGAGGUCUGCUGGACUAUUAAAAGCCAAACAAAUCAAUUGAAGUCACCUGAAACACGCACGGAAUAACAACCCUUAUCAACCCAGCAACAUGGCGCAGCAGUGGGAGGACGCAGUCUUUGCUGCGAGGAGAAGGGGAGAUGACACUACAAGGGAAUCAAUGUUCACCUACACAAAUGCAAAUAAUACUAGAGAUCCAUUUGAGGGACCGAACUACAACAUUGCCCCACGAUGGGUCUACAACAUCUCUACACUUUGGAUGAUCUUUGUGGUCGCUGCCUCUGUUUUCACCAACGGCCUGGUGCUGGUGGCUACAGCAAAGUUCAAGAAGCUCCGUCACCCUCUCAACUGGAUUUUGGUCAAUCUGGCUAUUGCUGAUCUUGGGGAAACAGUCAUAGCCAGCACCAUCAGUGUGAUUAACCAGAUAAACGGCUACUUUAUCCUGGGACACACUUGUUGUGUUCUUGAAGGCUACACUGUGGCUACCUGUGGUAUUGCUGCUCUGUGGUCCCUGACUAUCAUUUCUUGGGAGAGAUGGGUGGUUGUGUGCAAACCCUUUGGAAAUGUCAAGUUUGAUGCCAAAUGGGCCACUGGAGGAAUUGUCUUCUCAUGGGUGUGGUCAGCAGUCUGGUGCGCCCCUCCCAUCUUUGGCUGGAGCAGGUAUUGGCCUCAUGGCCUGAAGACCUCAUGUGGACCUGAUGUGUUCAGUGGACCCGAGGUCCCUGGGAUCCAGUCCUACAUGGUUGUCCUGAUGGUCACCUGCUGCUUCAUUCCCCUGGGUAUCAUCAUCCUCUGCUACAUUGCUGUCUGGCUCGCCAUCCGCGCUGUAGCCCAGCAGCAGAAGGACUCUGAGUCAACACAGAAGGCUGAGAAGGAAGUGUCCAGGAUGGUGGUUGUCAUGAUCGUUGCCUACUGUGUCUGCUGGGGACCAUAUACAGUCUUUGCCUGCUUCGGUGCAGCUAACCCAGGAUAUCCAUUCCAUCCUUUGCUUGCAGCCAUGCCUGCCUACAUGGCCAAGAGCGCCACCAUCUACAACCCCAUUAUCUAUGUUUUCAUGAACCGACAGUUCCGUUCAUGCAUCAUGCAGCUCUUUGGCAAGGCGGGUGAUGAUGGAUCCGAAGUCUCCACAUCCAAAACAGAAGUCUCGUCUGUGGCACCUGCAUAAUUUCCCCAACACAUGCCAUCGCUUGGAACUUGGAAAAGAGAAACAAAUGGGACUUUUUUUACAGUACAUAUUGUAUAUCUAACACAUCUUUGUUUAUUUUAAUGAAAUGCUUUCCAUUAAGAAGAAUGGAUGAUGUUUAGUGUGUGUAAAUGCACCACCCUCUCAAAACUACAGUCAAUUCAAUGGGACACCCUUUUUGAGACGUCAGUCAUCUGCAUAGUCUACCAAGGCCAGCAGUGAAGAGGAAAAACACACAGAGCAUAAGUGUGUAUUACUGUCAUCAAAUAUCUGUAGAAAAAGUGCAUAACACAUUAUAACUGUAUACGUGUCAUCAACACGCAACCAGUAAUGGGAGUUCCUGCUCCUUUACAGAGAUGCUGGCUAAGACAGCCUCACAGCUCUAAAAAGAAAAUGUUUGUCUAACAUUCAUUGAACAUCUUACUUACAGCCUACUUACAACCUUUGCAUUCUGAAAGGUUUUGUGAGUUGUAGUGCAUUUGUAACUUCUAGUGGAAUGAUCAUACAUCAUUUGUAAAUAGCUAUCUUGCAAGAUAUAAAAAUACACAAAAAAAAAAAAAACUGUUCCCUAGAUGAGAAUUUUUACAGUGAAUGAUUCUGUACUUUUCUUUUGAUGGAAGUAAAGUCAUGCAGCAAAUUAAAACAACCUACUCUCUUG